UCAGGCCGCUUCCGGCAGGGGAAACUCCUAGCUGCCGCUUCGCCCGGCUUGACAGGCGGUCUGUGCCGGCAGUGCGCUGCCCUCACCCCUCUCGACCUCCCGUUCGCGGUCGACCGCCGCCGUCCCGCUGCCCUUUUCUCGAGCCUCCCCUUCCCUAUGUUCCGGGACCGGAGUCCGAGAAGCAAAGACCCACUUCUUGUCCAGUUCCCAUCAUGUCCGAAGUGACCAAAGAGCUGCUGGAGCUGGUGUGGGGCACCAAGAGCAGUCCCGGACUGUCGGACACCAUCUUCUGCCGCUGGACGCAAGGGUUUGUGUUUAGUGAAUCAGAGGGAUCUGCAUUAGAGCAGUUUGAAGGUGGUCCCUGUGCUGUUAUUGCACCUGUUCAGGCAUUUCUUUUGAAGAAGCUUCUGUUUUCCUCCGAGAAGCCGUCCUGGCGGGAUUGCUCAGAGGAAGAGCAGAAGGAGCUCCUUUGUCAUACCUUGUGUGAUAUUUUAGAGAGUGCUUAUGACAGCUCUGGAUCAUACUGCUUGGUUUCAUGGUUGAGAGGAAGGACACCCGAGGAAGCGGCUAGGAUUUCUGGGAGUCCUGCACAGUCUAGUUGCCAAGUGGAACAUUCUUAAAAAGAUCAUUCAGAACUGUAUCAGAAUUAAAAGAUGCUGUCUUGGACCAGUAUUCAAUGUGGGGAAACAAAUUUGGAGUCUUGCUUUUUCUCUAUUCUGUAUUACUGACAAAGGGCAUUGAAAACAUAAAGAAUUCAAUUGAAGAUGCAAAUGAGCCUUUGAUAGACCCUGUGUACGGGCAUGGCAGCCAAAGCUUAAUUAACCUCCUACUGACGGGGCAUGCAGUAUCUAAUGUAUGGGAUGGUGAUAGAGAGUGCUCAGGAAUGCAACUUCUCGGUAUCCAUGAACAAGCAGCUGUAGGAUUCUUAACACUAAUGGAAGCUUUACGAUAUUGUAAGGUUGGUUCUUACUUGAAAUCUCCAAAAUUCCCUAUUUGGAUUGUUGGCAGCGAAACUCACCUCACCGUAUUUUUUGCCAAGGAUAUGGCUUUAGUUGCCCCUGAAGCGCCUUCGGAACAAGCCAGAAGAGUUUUCCAAACCUAUGAUCCAGAAGAUAAUGGAUUCAUAGCUGACUCCCUUCUAGAAGAUGUCAUGAAAGCCUUGGACCUUGUUUCAGAUCCCGAGUAUAUAAAUCUCAUGAAGAAUAAAUUAGAUCCAGAAGGACUAGGAAUCAUAUUGUUGGGUCCAUUUCUUCAAGAAUUUUUUCCUGAUCAGGGCUCCAGUGGUCCAGAAUCUUUUACUGUCUACCACUACAAUGGAUUGAAGCAGUCAAAUUAUAAUGAAAAGGUAAUGUAUGUGGAAGGGACUGCAGUGGUUAUGGGUUUUGAAGACCCCAUGCUACAGACAGACGACACUCCUAUUAAACGCUGUCUGCAAACCAAAUGGCCAUACAUUGAGUUACUGUGGACCACAGACCGCUGUCCUUCGCUCAACUGAGUUGCCUGAGUGUUUGUAAGGAAGAUUGUCAAACCAGGUGUCGAAAGGGGACUCAUGACUGGCUACAUAAAGCUAAACACUGGUAUUGUUAAUUAACUAUAAAUAACAAUUAAAAACACAUUUUUCAGUGUUUAAGAUAUGUUUAAAUUAUUUGUUCUAAAGCUUUAUGUUAAAGGUUAUCCUAUUUUACUCCUUUCUGUGAAAUUUACUAACAAAAUUAAGCUUUAAUUAAAGUUCAUCGCUUCUGCAGUCAGGGAACUGGUUGUUACCAGAUUAUAAACACAAUAUUAUAGCAUUUUUAUAAAUGGGAUCAGUCACAAAAACCUGCCUGGAAUAUCAUUUCAUUCAUUUUAUUUUACUGUAUUAUUUUAGCAGCCUUCAUAUCAAAAUGCAGAAGUCAAUUUUUGUUAAUUUUGUUUUUCAUCAGAAAUACUAAUAAAUCACAAAUUAUAGGCCCUGGCUAUUUGGUAACUAAUUUAACUAUAGCAUGUUUACCAAAAAAAUAAAAUAAAAUAAAAUUUUUUUAAAAAAGGAUACUAUGUGGGAACUUCUAUUUGUUCACAAGCGCACAGGAAUGUGUUUUUUACAACGAUACGGGAAGAAUCUGUUUGCUUUGUGGGCUUAAUAUUAUCACUUUCACUGUAUUGCUAAGUACACUCUCCUGCAAGCCAGCUUUCUUGUAUAUUUAUAAGUAUGGUAAUGCAUGAGAAUCUCUACUGUUACAUUAGCAUAUUGCAUUAUUUAUUAUGGCCCCAGCUAAUACGGUAAAUAAAGACUUUUCUUUA